AUGGCUUCUUCGCUCCCUCCUCCGUGUGGCGAAGGGGAAAGACCAGCCAUGCAGCCCGCUCAGGGUCCGGUGUCCUUUGAGGCUGUGGCUGUGUAUUUCACCCGUGAAGAGUGGAACCUGCUGAGCCCAGCCCAGAGAGCUUUGUACAAGGAAGUGAUGCUGGAGAAUUUUGGAAACGUGGCCUCUCUGGGACCACAGCCUGCCAAACCUGACCUUAUAUCGUGGUUGGAAGAGGAGGAAGAGCUGGCCUCUGAUGAAGAGGAGGGAGUGGCAGGUAGCUGCUUCGAUCCGUUGUGGGACUGGAUGUCGCAGCGCUUGCUUCCAAGGGCUGGUGGGUUGGAAGGGCCCCCAGGCUGGCCCGGAGCUGCCUGGAACGUAGCACAGGCUCUGGCUGAACAGCUGGGCCUUCCAUAUAAAUGCCUGGAGUGUGGAAAAAUCUUCAGUUGGAGUGAAAGCCUUGCUCGCCGUCAAAGAAUUCACACAGGGGAGAAAUCAUAUACAUGCCUAGAGUGUGGGAAAAGCUUCAGUCGGAGUGAAAGCCUUACUCGCCAUCAAAGAAUUCACACAGGGGAGAAACCAUAUAAAUGCCUAGAGUGUGGAAAAAGCUUCAGUCGGAGUGAAAGUCUUACUCGCCAUCAAAGAAUUCACACAGGGGAGAAACCAUAUAAAUGCCUAGAGUGUGGAAAAGGCUUCAGUCGGAGUGAAAGCCUUACUCGCCAUCAAAGAAUUCACACGGGGGAGAAACCAUAUAAAUGCCUAGAGUGUGGAAAAAGCUUCAGUUGGAGUGAAAGCCUUGCUCGCCAUCAAAGAAUUCACACAGGGGAGAAACCAUAUAAAUCCCUAGAGUGUGGAAAAAGCUUCAGUCGGAGUGAAAGCCUUGCUCACCAUCAAAUAAUUCACACAGGGGAGAAAUCAUAUAAAUGCCUGGAGUGUGGAAAAAGUUUCCGUCAGAGUGAACACCUUACUUGCCAUCAAAUAAUUCACACAGGGGAGAAACCAUAUAAAUGCCUGGAGUGUGGAAAAAUCUUCAGUCGCAGUGGAAACCUUUAUUCCCACCAAAGAAUUCACACG